AUGGAGGCGGGCGUAUCGCAGUGGCUCGAGGCGGACUCAGAGCAAAGCGGCGUGCAGCGAAAGCGAAGGCAAGGCAUGCAGAGCGAGCAUGGCGUCUCGGGGCAAGUUAAAUUAAGCAGGUUGGUCUUCCUGAUGGUCCAAUUGUUCGAGAUGGGCUGGACCAGUGAUAGUGAUGACAAUGACAAGUUCGAGUGGGAGAGUGAUGGUGAGGUUGAGCCCUCAUUGACUCCGGCUAUGAGGAACUUCGAUGCUCCUGGCCCAUCCACGCUCAGUUCCAAGGGGUGGAUCAACGGGGAAGUACCGCCUACUUCUUUGAUCGAGGGAUUUGUGGCAAUGGGCUUCCCAAAAGAGAUGGUCGUGAGGAGUAUUAAGGAGAUUGGACAUAGUGAUGCAGAUGCGUUGCUCGAGCUACUCCUCAUGUAUAAGGCACUAGGUGAUGAUGAUGCAGUGGGCAAUCACUCUACUUCUGGCUGCAACCCACCUAUUGUUGAAGAUGACAAUGAUCUUGAUUUUGAGAACUGGGAUGGUAACUAUGAUGUUGGUGGUAGAGAGUCAAGCUCUGAUGAUUCUGGUGGUGAGGAUUUUCUACGACAGAUGUCAGAGAAGGACGAGAAUAUCAAAUCAUUGCGAGGCAUGGGCUUUUCUGAAGAUGAAGCAAACAUGACAAUUCUGAUAUGUGGCAUGUAUGUUGAUAUUUCUGUAUUGGUCGACGCAAUUACUGCAUCACAAGUUGAAGAAGCUUGUCACUCUAGAAACUUGUCGGACCGUCAGGUUACAGCUGGAUGCUUCGAUUCCUUUGGAGGGAGAAAGAGAGCAAUAUUGACUGAAGAGAGCAAGAAAAAGAGGAAGAGAUAUGGAGGUGGAGCACAAGGGAAUCGACCUUCCUUGGAUGGCAGCGAUGAAGAACCAAUGCCUCUCCCAAAUCCAAUGAUUGGGUUUAACCUUCCUGGUUGGGGACUAUCAUUGACCCGAGUGCUUCCUGAACUGGCUAUCGGACCACCUUAUUUCUACUAUGAAAAUGUGGCCCGAGCUCCAAAAGGUGUAUGGGCGAAAAUUUCAAGAUUUCUGUUUGACAUUCAACCAGAGUUUGUGGAUUCUCUUCAUUUGUGUGUAGCUGCCAAGAAAAGGGGUUACAUCCACAAUUUGCCAACUGAGAACAGAUCGCCGAUUUUUCCUCUGCCUCCAAAGACCAUAUUUGAGGCAUUCCCUCAUUACAAGAAGUGGUGUCCAUCCUGGGACCAGAGGACGCACCUCAAUUGCUUGCAAACAUGUAUGGCAAGUGCAAAGGAGACAGAACGGAUCCAGCAUGCUCUUUCAAGCUCAGGCAAUCCACCACCUCAAAGUGUGCAGAAAUAUGUCAGGCGUCAGUGCUCAAAAUGGAAUCUUCCUGGGACGAAUGAUAAAAAAGUUACAUUUUUUUAG